UAUACGUAUAUUAUACGUUCUCUGUUCAUAGUAAACAAAAGUCGAAUUUAUCUGAAGCAAAUUUUCUUGCAUUGAAUGGAUUAAUUACAAAUAAAGAAAAUGGAUGAGCCUAUUGAAACUAAAAUAAAUCAAUCACCCGACGAGAGUUUUGAGCGGCUUUUACAUAGUACUGAAGACGCACCGGUGGAAAGCAUAAAAAGUAACAAAGGGCAUACCGAGCGGCAAAAUACUGACCAAAAGUCAGAGAAACCCGUGAAGAAGAGAGUGUCCACUGAGAAGAUUCAUGUUUAUGGUUAUAUGAAAAAGAAAGUUUUAAACCAUUUGGUGGAAAAUGGUUGCAGCUCGCAUAGCGUCGACGAAGUGAUAGCAGCAUCAAAAUUUAAUAAGAAUUCUGUGUUAGAAUAUAUGAAUCAGCGCAUACAAAUGGCGCAAGAAAAUGUGCACGAAGAAUGUGAUUCUCUGAGCUUUUCCAACAUGGAAUCAUGGCUUAAAUUAUUUAAAAAGUGGAAUUUGCCAGAAUUAUGUGUGUAUGAGCCUGCUUUAGUAAUCAAUGCUAUUGCGAAUAAUGAAGACAUUCCUGAACCUAAAGAGUUAGACGGCGUGGACCUAAAAGCUGUUUACAAAUUUCUAGGAAAUGCAUUAAUGGGAUUGCCUCAGCCAAAUUUGGAUGCGAAGAGUGCAGAAUUUUUGGCAAACGAAUUUGAGAUUUUAGUCGGUGAAGCCAAUACGGAAGUCGGUGAUAGCGAAACAGGUCGCAUUAACCAGAAAUUACAGUCUUAUAAGGAACUUCCAUUCUGCGCACAAAACGAAAAAAGUAGCAUAGAUCCUUUAUGCCUCGGCGAUGGUUUGAAUUUUCACCGAAAAUAAACAUGUAGUUGUAAUCACAAAAAAUUAAUUUUAUAUUAUUUUUUACAAAUUCUGUACGUUGAAACUAUUUGCCUUCCCCUUAUUGUAAUAAAAUAUAUUGAAAGUCUGGUUUAUA